UACAGUUGAGGAGAAGUCCUGCUGGAAUGAAAAGACUCGGCAAUGCUAUAUAAAUGGCCCUGUUCUCCCUCGAAUUAGACUCUUCCACCCACAACGCAUCAUCGCCACGAACCGAUAAGCAGACCAAAGACCAUUUCAGUCAUCAUGAAGUUCUCCAGCGCUUUGAUCUCCCUGGCCGCCGCCGGUCUCGUCCAGGCCGGCCCUGUCGCCAGGCGUGGUGAUAUUACCGACGCCGACAUCCUCCAGUACGCCUUGACUCUCGAGCAUCUGGAGGCUUCGUUCUACGAGCAGGGUCUGAAGAACUACACCCAAUCGGACUUCAUGGCCGCUGGUUUCAAGGACUCUGCCUUCUUCACCAACAUCAAGAUGGUUGCGGAGGAUGAAAAGGCCCACGAAGACUUCUUGACCAAGGCUUUGUCUGCUGCUGGUGUCAAGCCGGUCGAGAGAUGCACGUACUCUUUCCCGGCGACCGAUGUUAAGAGCUUCCUCGCUGUUGGUAGCAUGCUGGAGGGCGUCGGUGUCAGCGCCUACCUCGGCGCAGCCGCCCACAUUAUGAACGCUACCUACCUUUCUGCAGCCGGUAGUAUUCUCACCGUCGAAGCGCGCCACAGCGCCUACCUCCGCGCUGCCCAGGGCGAAGCCCCUGCCGCGCAGCCUUUCGACAACCCCCUCGACUUCAACGAAGUGUACACCGUCGCUUCACCAUUUAUUGCCUCGUGCCCCGACAGCAACAUGAUGUUGCCCGUCAAAGCCUUCCCGUCCCUCAUGAUGACGGGCGGCAAGGCGAUGACCGGCUCCAUGGUGCAGUUGAUGGCCGGCGAGGGCUUUGAGAAAAUGAACGCUAAGGAUGUGCAUGCUGCUUUUAUUACUGCUACUGGUCCUGUCUGGGCGUCUAUCCAGGAUAAGGGUAAUGGGAAGUUCAUGGUUACUGUUCCUAAGGGUGUCAUGGGACAGAGCUACGUUGUUUUGACCCGUGGAGACAAGCAGGCUACUGAUGACAACAUUGUUGCUGGUCCUGCUAUUAUUGAGGUCUCAUAGGUCUCCGACAUGAUGAAGAGCGGUGACAUGGGCAUGGGCAGCAGCAGCAUGAUGAUGCCGAUGCCUACGCCCUCUGCUUCCAUGUCCGAAUGGAUGCCGUCUGCCUCGGG